AUGCGACACAGCAGCCGAGUGACUGCCUCGCAUAACGAUGCGAUGCCCGCUCAGAAGCAGCCCCAACAAACCGUUUCACUCUCGAAUCCUGCUGCAUUAUACGGUUCCUUAGCAGGAGGUGUUGGUAUCCUAGCGAUAGCAUUUCUAUCAGUGUGUAUCGCCAAAAGAAACAGACAAGCUUUUCAUGGACCACUUCGUCCUCAAACAGCUGUUGCACUUAAAUAUGCGAAUAUAAAAGGACCGGGUGGUCUUAAGAAUUCACCCUCCUCCCUUCCUUCACCUUUGUCAUCUGACAGUUCACAGUCGAGUCCAAUCGUACCCGUUCGUCCAGCGUUGUCAUCACCCCAAACGCUCCAAAGAAUACAACCCUCUCAACUUGGUCCACACCGGGGCUUCAUCAAUUUCACGCUUCGAUACAACGUCACAUCAUCUGCUUUGCAGGUAAAUAUCAUUUCUUGUCGCGAUCUACCGGAACUAGCUAUCGCUGCUGAUGGGCAAUGUUUGCUUGAUCCGUAUGUAAAAUUGCAACUACUACCCGAAAAACAGCACAGAGUGAAGACACGUCUCGUACGUGCCACUCGUAAUCCCGUUUAUGAAGAAACGUUUUCGAUGUAUGGCAUUGAGCCUGAACAACUCAACACUAUCAGCCUUCAUUUUGCCGUGAUCGCAUUCGACCGCUAUAGCCGUGAUACAUUGUUGGCAGAAUGUGUUUAUGCAUUAAAAGAAGCACAACUGAAUAUUACUGAAUCAAAAAACGUGGAACUGGAACUUGGUGGACGAGGUGAAGAUUUGGGUGAAGAUCGUGGUCAUAUUCUAUUAUCGCUUUGUUAUCAACCAACUACCAAUCGCGUUGCUGUCGUAUUACUGAAAGCGAAGAAUCUACCAAAAUUCGAUAUCACUGGAAUGGCUGAUCCCUACGUGAAACUCUAUAUGGUGUACAAUGGACAAAGAAUCGCCAAGAAGAAGAGCCAUGUUAAAAAGCGAACCCUUUCACCGGUUUAUAAUGAAUCAUUUGUGUUCGAAUUACCGAGCUCAGAUAUUCGUGACUUGGAUUCGGUUCAAUUCGAAAUCGUUGUAAUGGAUUGGGAUAGAGUCACCAAAAAUGAGGUAAUGGGUCGUUGUGUAAUUGGAUGCGAAAGUGAGCACUGGUCACAAGUGCGCAAUAAUCCACGACGACAAAUCGCCGAAUGGCACGCUUUAUUACGAUAG